AUGUCCAGAGUGGUGAAUGCAUGUGAUUACAAGACGUUAUGCCCUCAGUCCCACGGGAUUGUCUUCAAUGCCAGAGUCCAGUCCAACUCAUCAGGGCGAUCUUCCACACGGAGCAGCACCAGCAGCAAGAGCAGCAGUGAAAGCUCUACCCAAUCUGACUCAACUGUUUCUGUCAACUCUGUACCUGAUUCCACACUGUCGUCCGAUGUUAUUGAGCAGAUUUUGCUUCAGAAAAUAAUUGCAAAAGAAGAUGAAAUCAAAAAAGCAUUUCAGAUUAUUGAUAUUGAUCAGACACUGAAGAUCACUAAGGGUGAAUUUAGAAGAGUGAUUGAAACAUUUAUUUUACCUCUGACAGAUGAGCAGUUUAAUGUGGUGCUAGCAAAGGUUCCAGGAAUUACCAGAGUUACAGUUCCAUAUCUUGAGUUCUUGUCAAUGUUCUUGAGGCCCACCAGUAGUCUCAGUGCAAAGUGGAAUAAUCUCCGAGAAAGCCGAACCAGGACCUUAAGCCAGAUGGAGUGUCUAUUACGAGAGAAGAUUUCUAAAAAGAUCAAGCACUUCAUCAAAACGUGCAGACUUUUUGACUAUAAUCAAAAUGGACAGAUCCAACGGCAUGAACUAAGAAGGAUUCUUGAAAUCAACUGCUUCAAGAUGACGGAUUGCGAGUAUGAUAAAUUAUGGAAUCGAUACUGUAUUUCAAGAACAAACACACUGAAUUAUAAAGAAUUUUUGCAAUAUCUUGGCAUCAGUUUGGACAAGAAAAAGAAAAAGCGAGCUGAAAAGGUGAUAGAUUCAGUUCUUUCACAGAAUGAAUCCCCAGAAAGGAAGAGUAGUGAAUCAAGGAUAUCUUUACCUGCCACAACUGGAUACAACUUGACCAAGAUCCAUCUAGAUAACACCGCGAAGAAUUUUAGAGAAAAGUUGCGUUCAGCCUAUGAGGAUGUUGUAAAGGCCUUCAGAGCAUACGAUGUUGGUCGAAGUGGAUUUGUUUCUUUGGAAUAUUUAAGAUCAGUUCUUAGCACAUUUAUAUUUCCAAUACAGCAAGAUGUCUUCCAAGAAUUAAUGAAUAGAUUUGGAAUAAAACUAUCCAAAAGUAUGGCUUGGGAGAAGUUUCUAAGUAAAUUCCAAGAUCCUUUGCUGUUUGAUAGCAGCCAAGCAACUUCUAAAAGAAAACAUCACAGAAGCAGAAAAUUGGAUGAAGCCUUGUCAACUGAUCGAAUUCUCUUAAAGCUGCAUGGACAUAUCCAAGACGCUUAUUCUUCUCUGAAGAAGGCUUUUUUGAUGCUUGACAGAAAUCAAGAUGGGAAAAUUACAAGAAAUGAGCUUCGGCGCAUUUUAGAUUGCAUCAUGUUUCAAAUAAGUGAUGACGAUUUCCAAGAGCUAAUCAAGAUAAUUGAUCCAGAACAUACUGGACAUCUAAGCUACAAUGAAUUUUUAAACCUCUUUGAAAAAGAUUCCGUAACAGAUUCAAAGUGGGCUAAUAGUUCAAAGAAGGCUAAAAAGCCAACUUCUGUCCUUGAAGCUUGGAAUAUUGCAGAAGAUGUUCUAACUGAGCAAGUGAAAGGAUAUUGGAAUGAAUUUAACAAAGCUUUGCAAGCGUGUGAUCCUCGAAAAGAGGGCAUUAUUAGCAGAAAUAAUUUCCGAAAGAUUCUUCAACUCUAUUGCCCCUCAUUAACAGAUGACCAUUUUAUUGCGCUGUACCAGAAAUACCAGGAUGAUACUACAGAAGGGGUUCUCUACAAGAUGCUCUUGCACAGUUUAGGAGUGGCGGAUUUGCCAAAAGAAUUAACUGCUGUCACCAGCACCUCUUCACUACGAGAGAAUCAGCAGGCAGAGGAAAAAAAGCCAAUGGAUUUUCCAGAGAGAAUGAAGCAAAUUGAAGACCACAUCUACAAACAAGCCAGGAAUAGAACUGUUGAUGAAGUCCUCGAAAGGCUGAGGGAUGGCAUUCUGCAUCAGGAAACGGGCAUGAGGGAUGCCUUCCUUACUUAUAACAAGCAAGCUAGCGGGAAGUUGAGUAAAACUGAUUUCCGCAAGUUACUGGAGGAUAUUCAGAUGCCAAUGAGUGAUGAUCAAUUUAACCUAUUAAUUGAAAAAAUAGGAUUCCCAGCUGGAGGCUUGAGUUAUCUUGAUUUUGUAGCAAUAUUUGAAGAUUCCAGAUUGGGUGGAGCCUGUUCAAAUCGCCGAGUCAAUGCUAGCAAAAGUCAUUUCCUGUCUGCUGAAGAAUGUCUCAGCCAGUAUAGUGACAAGCUUGCGGAAGAAUAUGGGGAUGCAUAUAUUGCCUUCCGUAAAAUAGAUAGGAACAAUGAUGGUGUAAUCACAAUGCUUGAUUUCCGACGCCUGCUGGACAGUCUCAUGAUCAGCAUGACAGAUGAGGAAUACGUGCGUCUUCUUGGUAUCUUGGGAAUGAAUGAGACCUCCACUCUGAAUUAUCCGGAAUUCCUUCAGUUGUUCCAAACUCAUGCAACUAAAGAGAUGCGUCCUUGGUUGACCACAACUUACAAACCCAGGAGGCUGGUAGCAGAUGCAGAACUUGCCUGUGAACAAGCACACUGCUAUCUUACUAUCAAAGCACAGAACAGAUGGGGUGACCUGGCUAUGCACUUCCAUGAAUAUGAUGCUGAUGGAAAUGCCAUAAUUACAAAAAAAGAUUUGAAGGACGUUCUCUAUAGAUGUGGUAUCCCCAUAAACCCCAAAGAAUUUGAAAAACUUUGGACAAGGUAUGAUCUGAAUGCAAAAGGCUACCUUACUCAUCAAGAAUUCCUACAAAAAAUGGGGGUGGAGAAUAUACCUCCUGACAGUGGCUUGAAUAAGCAGUUUUCAGCUGAUAACUAUCCACACUUUAUGGACCCUUACAAAAGAGAGGAAAAGAAACACAUUGACAUCAAUGAAAUCAUAAAUAAGAUCAGAGAGAAGUAUCAUGAGUUCUCCCAAGACUUCCACAAGGCCUUCUUGCAACAGGAUAAACAUAAAGAAGGCUGCAUAUCGGUGGAUAACCUACGUAAGAUACUGGAAGACUUUCAGUGUUGCCUUGGCUAUGAACAGUACAGUGAACUUCUGUACAGUUUAGGAAUUCAUAUAGCGGAGAACAAGCUCUCGUAUUUUGAUUUUCUGAGAGUUAUUGAUGACCGCGCAGCAUUCAAAUACAAGAAAAGGCAUACUGUGCCCCCUGUACCGCCAAUCAGCUUUGUGCAACUCAGCAUAGAUGAAGCCAUGGCUAAAAUAAAAAAAAUGGUUACGGAUUCUUCUGAUUUGCUGUACAAGGCCUUCUCUGCUUUCGAUAAGGACCGCACUGGGACAAUUUCAACCCUUGAUUUCCGGCAGGUGCUGCACCAUUUCUGUUUCACACUUUCAGAGAAGCAGUUUAACCAUCUUCUGAAACUGCAGCGGCUUCGUGGCGAACACUCCAUUGACUGGAAAUAUUUCCUGCAAAAAUUCAACCUCCUCUCAGAGGCAGAAAGAGAGCAGACUCGAUUUGCUUGCCGGGAGCUAUCCAAUCAAGAGGUUUUGGCCCGCAUACAGGAGGUAGUGAGUGCCCGCUUUCAAGCCAUUGAGCAGGAGUUUAAAAACGCAGAUAGCACAAGAACAAAUCUGGUAUCUAAAGAGGUGUUCAGAGAUAUCUGCAAUCGACGGUUCUUGCUGCUAACUGAUGAACAGUUCGAAAAUCUCUGGAACACAGUACCCCUUGACCUGAGUGGGAAAUUGAAAUAUCCUGGAUUUUUGAGGAAUUUCAGCUCUGAAGGAGGAGGAAUGUCUGAUAUGACCAAUGUAGAGAAUCCCAGCAAACCAGUCUUGGCUGCUGAACCUGAAUCACGGGUUCCUUUACGACCCAAAACCGCAACUCAUCCUCAAUCCCCAAAGAGGGUCCCAACUGCCGGCAGGCCUUACACAGCAGGUGUUCCCACUCCACCUAUUCUGAAUUGCCAGCCAAUUGAAAGUAAAAUUCGGAAAAAUGUUCAGCACUGUUGGAAAGAAAUCCUGAAAGAAUGUCGAGAGAAGGAUGUGGAGCGCUCAGGAGAAAUCUCCGUAGAAGAUAUUUUAGGUAUAAUAGAGAAAUUUCAUUUGAAUUUAACCAAAGAAGAAAUUCAGCAGCUCAUAACAAAAUAUGAUUUUAAGAGUGUAGGCAAGUUUGCAUACUGUGACUUCCUUCAAAGCUGUGUGCUGCUGUUUAAACAACAAGAAGUAUCUCCUCUGCAGAGACUUCUGAUCCAAAACUCACGGGUCCAGAACAUCCCUGGACCACAGUCCCCCACCUUUCUCAAUGCAAUGAUGAGGAUACAACCCCAGAUCCUGCACUGCUGGCGGCCAAUGAGGCGGACAUUUAAGUUCUAUGAUGAAAGUGGGACUGGCCUUCUCAGCAUCCAAGAUUUCCGACAGGUGCUACGAAAAUAUGGAAUCAAUCUCUCUGAAGAGGAGUUUUUUCACAUCUUGGAAUAUUAUGACAAAAACCUAACUUCCAAAAUCUCCUACAAUGAAUUCCUCAGAGCAUUCCUGCAAUAA